UUUGUCAACUCCAAUUCAGCAUUUCUUUAUCCGCUUUGUCAACUCCAAUUCAGAAUUUCUUUAUCCGGAUUUACAUUUGCUGGAUUGGGUGUCUGUGGGUCCUCUUUUCGAGUGAAGUACAAUUUGGGUUCUUUAGUUCUAGGGUUUUCAGUCUUGAUUGAAGGGGAGAACUCUGUUUGCUGAGAAUGAUGGCUUCUCCUGCUGCUGCUGCACCUCUUCCAUCACAAAAGGAGCUUGAGGAGAUGCUCAUUGAGUCUGGAAUUGAGCUCUCUACACCUCCUUCAUCCACUGGCGAGCUUCUCAGCCUCCUUGAAAAAGUUGAAUCAGAACUGAAGAGCAUAGGGCAAGACCCUUCAGUGUCGACGAGAAAUGUACUUGAGCCAAUUAAAAAAGCGCUGAUUGAAACGAAACUUCUGAGACAUUCUGAAAAAAUCAUUGAGGUUUCUGUUGCAUCUUGUAUCUGUGAAAUUAUGAGAAUAUCUGCACCCGUUCUACCCUAUGAUAAUACAGAAAUGGAGGUCGUUUUCCAUCAGAUUAUAGCAUCCCUUGAAAAGUUAUAUUUCAUUGAUAGUAACUACUAUAGUAAGGCUCUCAGAGUUCUUGAAGCCGUUGCGAAGUACAGGUUGUGUGUGAUGCUAUUGGAUUUUGACUAUGUGUUAGCUGUUAACGUUUUCCAACUGUUUCUCAAAAUCAUCAGCGUCGAGCAUACCAAUGCUGUAUUAAGAUACAUGGUGGACAUCAUGUCUCAGCUCAUAGAAGAAAGAGAUGAAGUCUCACUAGAUUUUCAAGUGUCCAUUCUUGAUAGCCUAAGAAAUGAAACUCUGGCUACUGCACCUUGUUCAACGAUAUUGGGAAGAGAAGUCUUGGAAAAGUGUGCUGCCAAGCUGAAGCCUUGUCUUUUAGAAUUAAUGACAAAUAUGAACAUGAAUUUGGAUGAUUAUUGCAAAGUACUUGGCUCAAUAUUGCAUGAAGUUCCUGAGGGAGAAAACAUGGUGGAAAAUGCUGUUUCUGUACCACCUGUAGAAGGAACAUCUGCUCUUCUACUUCCUCAGGUACCACUAUUGGAUGCCACUCCAACAAUGAAUAACAAUAACCUGGAACCUGAUGGGUCAUUGAAGGCAUUAAACAUUCGCAAUCAGGCUGAACAGCUAAAAGAUACUGAUGCACCGUCUGAUCCCAUGCAUAAAAAUACAAAAGAGUUGCAACAACAAAUGGAUCUGAGUGCACUGUCAGAGAAGAUAAGACCUGAUAAGGGACAUGAUUCUUUUGGGAUGAACGAAAGCAAAUGCUCUGAUGAAGAACCUACUAUCAAGAAGGAACAAGAGAAGAAAUGUCCUUGCAAAAGGGGCCGACCAAAGAAGAAUCAGACAGAUCUCACCGUGCAAAAGAGAUAUGAAGGGACUAGGUCUGCCCAGAGAAAACUUAAAGAAAAGGAUUCUAAAAAGCUUCAUACUAUUAAAGAUUACGGAAAAGAGUUGGUAGGGGCUAAAGUCAAAGUCUGGUGGCCCCGGGAUAGAAGGUUUUAUGAGGGGGUGAUUUCUUCUUUUAACCCUAAGACGGAAAAGCACAAGGUCAUAUACACUGAUGAUGAUGUAGAAAUCUUGAAUCUCAGAUGUGAGCGCUGGGAAUUGCUUGAAGAGGUUCCAGUCAAAGAAGGGCAUGUAACGGACUGACUUUGCUUUCUGAUGGAGUAAAGAGGAAGAGGAAGGGAGAUGAGCACAAAA